AUGGCCCUGAGCGUGAGCGUCAAGAGGGUCACCCAGCUGCCGGGGACCGGGGAGAGGCAGGUGCAAGUCAGCUUCCGAGGUUUUACUCAGAAGACAAAGAAGAUACACUGUGGCCAGGAAGCAGUCUUUGGAGAGCUCUUUCGCUGGCCACAUUAUGGAAAGCUCAUUAUGGAAGAGAUGUUGAUCGUUAAAGUUUACAACUGCAGUAAGGUAUUCAGUAACAGAUUGCUUGGUACCUUAGUUAUCAGCCUUCAGCACUUGGUAACAUCUGGACGACUAAAUAUCAGAGAGGCUCUUGUUGACAAAAACCACAGCAUCACUGGAAUAUAUGUUGAACUAGAUCUGCGAUACCAGCCUCCUGAUGGCGCCGCAGGGACAUGGGUUGAGGAAGAUUUUCUCUAUCAGAUGAAAGACAGUUCAGAAGUUAUAAUCCGCAACCCUGGAUUUGAGGAUCUGGAGGCUGCUGAUGUGAAACGAGCUGCCGACCUGGAUAGGAAGGCUGCGGUGCUUGGCAGGAAGCUUGUGAAAGGCUUGGAGACGGACGAUGAUGAGGACGAUUAUUAUGACGUGUCUGACAUGGAGUUCUCUGGCAUUGUCUUCAGCCCUGUGAAGAGCCGUUCUAGAGUCUUCUCCAAAUGGGACUUGUAUGCUGCUCCCAGACCACAAAACUUCCAGAUUGGCAUCAACAUAAUUGAAGCCCAGAAGUUGGUUGGGGUGAACAUUGACCCUUAUGUCAUUGUGAAAAUUGGAGAUGAGAAGAGACGCACAGCAACACAGAAAUCAACCAACUGCCCUUUUUACAAUGAGUAUUUUACAUUUGAAUUCCAUGAGCCAAGAGAUGUUUUAUUCCACAGACUCAUAGAGAUUUCUGUCUUUCAUUCCAAGAAGAUCGCAUUCCUAGGUACGCUCAUUGGGAUAUUCAAGAUUGAUCUAGAGACUGUUUACAGCCAGCCAGACCACAGAUUCUACCAGAAGUGGGCUGUGAUUAAUGACCCAAAGGACACCAGAGCAGGAGUUAAAGGCUUUGUGAAAUGUAACAUUUCUGUCCUUGCACGGGGGGACGUCAUGAGUUCUGUUCCCACUGCUUCCAGUAGUCAAAAUGAAGACAUUGAAAAGAACCUGCUGCUACCUAAAAGAGUUCCAGCAGAGAGGCCUUGGGCCAAAUUCUGCAUCAAAAUUUACAAAGCAGACGGUUUGCCCAGCAUGAGUGCAGGAAUCUUGGGUGGCUUUUCUAAGAUUGUGGGUGAGAAGAAAGUCUUCAUUGAUCCAUACGUCCAAAUUGCUUUUUCUGGACAGCAGGGAGAAACAUCAGUUGAAAGUGGCACCACAGAACCAGUAUGGAAUGAACAGAUCAGCUUCAUUGAGAUGUUUCCUCCUCUUGUCAGAAAAAUGAAAGUCCAAAUGUUGGAUGAUGCAAACAUUGGAGAUGUUGCGCUUGCUACACACUUCAUUGAUCUGCAACAAAUAUCUGACCCCGGAAGAAAUGGCUUUAAUCCCACCUUUGGCCCAACUUGGUUGAAUUUAUACGGGUCACCCCAGAAUUCGGCCUUGCGGGAUGUACAUAAAGAUCUCAAUGAAGGCCUGGGUGAAGGCAUAUUCUAUCGUGGGCGCCUACUCAUGGCCAUUAGUGUGGAGAUUUUCACUGCCACUCAAGCAGCAGAGAAAAAGCCUGUGGAAGUUCUCAAAGGUGCCCUAAGCAAGCUCAAGCUAAAGAAGAAGAGUAAAAAGGCCAAGGAGAAAUCCAAAACCUCUGUCAAAGAGCAUCAGCAAAGCCAAGCUGAGAUGGGCAUCCCUGAAGAGGCUGAGCAGCCAAGUGAGGUGACUGUGGAGGUAGAGGAAGUCCAUCCUCUCCCAGAGAAUGCCCUGGGAGUGAAAGAAGAAUUCCUUCUCUUUGCCUCCUUCUUUGAGGUGACAAUGAUGGACCCAUCAAUAGGUACCAAACCUGUGAAGUUUGAGAUCUCCAUAGGGAAUUAUGGUAAAGCCAAAGAGGUUGCAACCAAGGCUUCCAAGAAAGAUGAGAAGGGAGAAAAGAGUGAAGAGAAGCAGCCUUUGCUGGAACCAAGUUCAGAUGAUGAGCUGGAUAUUGAAGUCACACCACCAAGUACCCCUUUGCUUGAUAAGUCUAUGAUUGUGAACCAAAGACCUGAACCCACCGAAUAUGAUGGCUCUUACAGCUGCCUGCCCAUGCUGCAUGAGAAGCCCUGUGUGUAUAUUUGGAGCUACUGGGAAGACUAUACUUGGAGGCUCUGUAAUUCCAACUGGAUUGUCAAAAUAGCAGAGCGUUUGGAACAUGGACUGGAAGAUGUAGAGAAGCUCUUGAGGAGACCAAAGUCAAAAGCAGAUGAGAGGCUUCGACAGGUUCUGGAGGAGUUUGUAGCUGGAUGUAGGCAGUAUUCUCUGAAUGCGGAUAAAAAGCCAAUGACCCGUCCAAACAACCUUGAUCGAUGCCGGAUGAAAUCUCUUCCACAAAAUAUUAUCCUAUAUGCAAAACAGGGGCUCCGGAUAAGACGGCGACUGACUCGUGCCAACGUUAAGGAAAAAGUAAAUGAGACAAAGAUAAUUUUGUCAAAGCUGCGCUUCCUGGCUAAAGAGCCCCAAUGUACUAUCCCUGAUGUCUUAAUUUGGAUGUUCAGCAACAACAAGCGGGUAGCAUAUGCAAGGGUCCCUGCCCAGAACAUCCUUUACGCAGUGGUAGAAGAAGAGAAAGGCAAGGAUUGUGCCAAGUUCCAGACUGUCUUUCUAAAGGUUCCAGGGUCACGCUCUGGGGAGAUCUUUGCAAAGCUGGAAAUCUAUAUGUGGCUUGGGAUAACUAAAUACGUGAAGAACAGCACUGCAGAGCUACCAGAGGAGUUCAAACCAAUGUAUGAGACAGCACAGCAGACUGCAAAGAUCCCAUCAUACCUCCCGCCCAGUCGACUCAACAGGGAUGACUUCAGUUACUUUCAGCUGCGAGCUCAUUUGUACCAAGCUCGGGGGAUUCUCCCAGCGGAUGAAAAUGGCCUUUCUGACCCCUUUGCACGAGUGGUCUUUUCAACACAGUGCCAGACUACACAGAUUUUAGAAGAGACACUCAGCCCAAUGUGGAAUGAAUUACUUCUGUAUGACCAGCUCAUUAUUGAUGGAAAGAAAGAGGACUUGAAGACAGAGACUCCAAUUGCUGUCAUCAACAUCUUUGACUACAAUAAAUUUGGAUCACCAGAGUUCCUUGGUCGAGCCUUUGCUACACCUCAGGUGAAGCUGGUAGAUGAGCCAUACAGCAAACCUUCUCUCCAGUUUUUUGACAUUUAUAAAGGGCAUAAAGCAGCUGGUGAAUUAAUUGCUGUCUUUGAGCUGAUUGAACUGGAUUAUAGUGGCUACUUAGAGCCAUCAGUGCCUAAUGAUGUAGAUCCCAAGGAACCGGAAUAUUUGGGGGACCCCCGUUCUGGACGAUUCAUUAUUCCUGAUGGAAUCCGACCAGUCCUUAAGGAAUUUCGCAUAGAGAUCUUGUUUUGGGGCCUGAGAGAUCUGAAGCGUGUGAACUUGUUUGAAGUUGACCAGCCACAGGUGAUCAUUGAAUGCGCUGGGAAGAAAGUAGAAUCAGAAGUGAUGACAACUUACAAAGAGAACCCAAAUUUCAAUGAACUUGUCAAAUUCGUUAAUGUGGAGCUUCCAGAGCAGGUGUAUUUACACCCACCUCUAAGUAUUUUCGUGGUUGAGAAGAGAGCCUUUGGACGCUCCGUCAUGGUGGGAACUCACAUAGUUUCCCAUAUUAUGAAAUUUGCUCCUAAAGAGCUGGAUGAGUUGGAAGAGGAAACAGAUAGCCCAUCCAAGAAACGCAAAGCCUCAGCUCGCCCCAACAUCUCCCAGUCAGUGAUGAAUCUCGGUGCAGCUGCUGGGCACACUGUGAUAAACAUUGGGGCAGCUGCUGGCAAGACUGUAAUAAAUAUUGGUGCCGUUGCUGGUGACAUAGGUAGCAAAGUAAAUCCUCUUAAGCUUGUAAAGGAGCCUUUGAAGAAACUCCCUCUUGAUAAACUGAUGCCAAAGGAGGAAGAAUUUGAGGAGGAGAAGCCUGAGAAGGAAGAACUGGAUUGGUGGUCUAAGUACUAUGAAUCAUUAAAGGAAUUAAAUAACCAGACUCUUAGUGAUGAUGAAGAGGAUGACCCAAAUGAUCCAGAUGGAGGAAAUUUCAACGUUGCUUCUCUUGAUGUGGAAGUGGAAGAAGAAGUGGUUGUUGAAGCUGAGCCAGUCCGUCCCAAAAGGAAACUUAUAGCCACAUUAAAGAUCUACAGUUCAGAGCUGGAAAAUGAGUUUGACAAUUUUGAGGAUUGGCUCUGUAUUUUUCCACUUCAGCGUGGGAAAGCAAAUGAGGAUGAAGAUGGAAAUGAGGAGGAGAAUUUUGUGGGGAAAUACAAGGGUUCAUUCUAUGUAUACAGAGCUGAGGAGGCAGGCGCAGAACACAAGAUCUCCCAAGGAAUCCCCAGAAACAGACCUAUUAAGGUCCUUGUCCGAAUCUAUAUUGUUAAAGCAACUAACCUGACUCCGGCAGACCCAAAUGGCAAGGCAGAUCCCUACCUUGUGGUUAGAAUCGGGCAACAACAGAAAGACACCAAGGAACGAUAUAUCCCAAAGCAGCUCAAUCCAGUUUUUGGAGAAGUGUUGGAGCUGAGCAUCUCUUUCCCCAUAGAAUCAGAACUCACUAUAUCGAUUUUUGACCACGAUUUGGUUGGAUCUGAUGACUUAAUUGGGGAGACAAAGAUUGACUUGGAGAACCGAUUCUACAGCAAUCACAGAGCCAAUUGUGGGGUGGCCUCGCAGUAUGACACAGAAGGCUACAACAUGUGGCGAGAUGCUUUCAAACCCUCACAUAUUUUGGAGAGUUUGUGCAAAAAGAAUGCACUACCCUCAGCUGAGUACAGGCGGGAGGAAGUCAAAGUAAACAACAAGAUUUUUAAGAUCCCUCCGGAGGCUUUUCCUGAAGAAGCCUUGGUAAAAGACAAGAAAGAAAAUGAUGAUGAAAGCUGGUCUGCUUAUGAUGAGCACAAGGCUUUGUAUGUUCUUCAGCACUGGGAUGAAAUGCCUGAGUAUGGGUACAAAUUAGUACCAGAACAUGUAGAAGUUCGAUCCCUUCACAAUCCAGAGAGCCCUGGUCUCCUACAGGGAUCUCUCCACAUGUGGAUUGAUAUGUUUCCAAAUGAUGUCCCUGCACCCCCUCCUGUUAACAUCAAACCACGACUUCCAAUCAGUUACGAGCUGCGUGUCAUUAUCUGGAAUACAGAUGAUGUGGUCCUUGAUGACGUCAAUCCAAUAACAGGAGAAAUUUCCAGUGACAUCUAUGUAAAAAGUUGGAUCAAAGGGCUGGAGAAAGACAAGCAAGAAACAGAUGUUCACUUUAACUCUUUGACUGGGGAAGGCAACUUCAACUGGAGAUUUGUGUUCCGCUUUGACUACCUCCCAACAGAGAAAGAGAUAACAUACAAAAAGAAGGACUCCAUCUUCUCUCUGGAUGAAUCUGAAUUCCGGGAACCAGCAGUCCUUGUCCUUCAAGUCUGGGACUAUGACAGGAUUUCAGCAAAUGACUUUUUAGGGGCCAUUGAGUUAAAGUUAAAUGACAUGGUAAGAGCUGCCAAGAGUUCAGAGCAGUGCACCAUCAAGAUGGCCAAGGAGAAGGCCAUGCCUCGCUUUUCCAUCUUUCGAAACAAGCGGAUGAAAGGCUGGUGGCCGUUCAUCAAACUUAAAGGUCAGGAAGACAUUGAAAGGGAAGAGAGGGAGGCUAAGCAGAAGAAGAAGAAAAAGAAGAAGAAGAAGUGGAGGAGCUCAGUAAAGCCAGAAGAUGUUGAGUUUUCAGAUCCCAGUGGAAACAUUUUCAUCCUAACAGGAAAAGUGGAAGCUGAAUUCCAGCUACUGACCAUAGAGGAGGCUGAGAAGACCCCAGUUGGUCUGGGGCGGAAAGAGCCAGAACCGCUGGAGAAACCCAACCGUCCAAAAACAUCCUUCAACUGGUUUGUGAACCCCAUGAAAACGUUUGUCUUUUUCAUUUGGAAACGGUACAAGAAGUACAUAAUUGCAUUGCUAAUUAUUGUAAUUGUGACCAUAUUCUUGGUUCUCAUUCUCUACACAAUGCCUGGAUACAUCAGUGAGAAGAUAAUCAAUGGCUAAGCAUGCUCUCUCCUCUCUUGCUCCCCACAACUCCCCUCUGAAUUGUGACUUGAUAAAGAAAGAUAACAGUGACUUCUGUACUAAAGAUAUUGAGAGACAUGUGCAGGUGGCUGAUUGUGCCUGGAGCACUUUGAAAAGGCAUCUGUCAGUGAAAAGAAGAAACUGCCCAUAUCUCAGCAGCAGUCAGACUACCUGCUCACAUCUGUGAUGUGAGGACAAUAGCUUCUGAAAGAACUUUGAAUUAUU